CCCCCUGCACUACAGCAACCUUCAUAUCCAGUCCCUGUACAUGUGUGUGCGUGCGGCUCUCGCAACCAUUCCUCCCUGACAUUCCACAGCAGAUGUGGGAUUGACUGCUGGGAUACAGACACAAAGAAAGUCGCAGGAAUAUUCUUUGGAUCUAUGCAGUUUUUAAAACUACUCCGGACCAAACAUACAGUGCUUUUCUUUGAAGUAUUUAGCUGAAUCGUCUGUUGAAACAUCAUUUCAACAGCAUCAUUACACGGACUCUGCUACUUAAACAUCCCAUUUCUUUGGGGAUUCUGGACUUUGGGGACUGAACAACCCCUGGCAGUGUACAAUAGAACGUCCUAAACAAAAGGGCUGUAGAAGCCCUGUGACCUCUACAAUGGCAGAUGUCCUUCAGCUUGAUACCAACAGUCUACAAGUGCCAGGUGAAGAUAGAUCGGCCUCUACAUCUCCAUCUGGUUCUCCAUCUCCUUCCAGAAAUGAAUGCAGUAUCACUCCUCUUACUCCAUCCCCCUCUCCACGGACAGAGGUUAGACCGCGUGUGGCUCGUCCGUUUUCUGUGGUUGUUGCUAUAGAUUUUGGAACCACCUCCAGUGGCUAUGCAUUCAGUUUCACAGAAGAUCCUGAGACCAUUCACAUGAUGAGACGGUGGGAGGGUGGCGACCCUGGUGUAGCCAAUCAGAAGAGUCCAACUUGCCUUCUGCUGACCCCUGACCUCCGGUUCCACAGUUUUGGUUUUGCAGCUCGAGACAGCUAUCAUGACCUUGACCCCGAGGAAGCCAGGCAUUGGCUCUACUUUGACAAAUUCAAAAUGAAAAUCCACAGCACCAGUGAUCUCACUAUGGAGACCGAGCUGGAGACUGUUAGUGGAAGAAGAGUCCGGGCUAUUGAGGUGUUUGCUCAUGCCUUGAGGUUCUUCAGAGAACAUGCUUUAAAGGAGGUGAAGGACCAGUCUUCCUCUGUGCUGGAAGGUAAUGAAGUACGAUGGGUCAUCACUGUUCCAGCGGUGUGGCGGCAACCAGCCAAGCAGUUCAUGCGAGAAGCUGCAUAUUUGGCAGGUUUGGUGACUCCAGAUUCUCCUGAGCAGCUCCUCAUAGCUCUCGAACCAGAGGCUGCAUCCAUCUAUUGCAGGAAGCUCCGUCUACACCAGGUCAUUGACCUCAGUCAAAAACCAAUAACUAAUGGUUUAGAUUUGGAUGGGUCCCGAUCAUUUGAUUCCAGUUUUAGGCAAGCACGCGAGCAGCUUCGCAGAGCCAGGCAUAGCAGGACUUUUCUGGUGGAGAGUGGUACUGGAGAAUUAUGGUCUGAGAUGCAGACAGGUGACCGGUACAUUGUGGCAGACUGUGGUGGUGGGACAGUGGAUCUGACGGUGCAUCAGAUUGAGCAGCCACAGGGCACUCUGAAGGAGCUUUACAAAGCCUCAGGGGGUCCUUAUGGAGCAGUUGGCGUUGAUCUUGCCUUCGAGUCUAUGUUGUGCAAGAUCUUUGGGGCUGACUUCAUUGAGAGUUUUAAAGCCAAACGUCCAGCAGCUUGGGUGGACCUUACAAUUGCAUUUGAAGCUCGCAAGCGCACAGCAGCUCCUGGCCGGGCCAAUUCAUUAAACAUCUCCCUACCCUUUUCCUUCAUUGACUUCUACAAGCAACACCGGGGGCAGAGUGUGGAGACUGCCCUGCGCAAGAGCAAUAUGAAUUUUAUAAAGUGGUCAUCUCAAGGGAUGCUGAGGCUAUCAGCGGAAGCCAUGAAUGAGCUUUUCCAGCCGACUAUCAACAACGUUAUAAAACAUAUUGAGAACUUAAUGCAAAGGGAGGAAGUAAAGGGUGUGCGUUUUCUCUUCUUGGUUGGAGGAUUUGCAGAGUCGCCCAUGCUUCAACGCGCUGCACAAAAUACACUAGGGCGAAACUGCCGUAUCAUAAUUCCACAUGACGUAGGUCUAACCAUCCUCAAGGGUGCAGUCCUGUUUGGUCUAGACCCCACUGUUGUCCGUGUACGGCGAUGCCCAUUAACUUACGGUGUUGGGGUUUUAAACCGCUUCGUGGAAGGCAGACACCCUCGUGAUAAGCUUCUCAUUAAAGAUGGCCGAGAAUGGUGCACUGACAUCCUGGACCGCUUUGUAAGUAUUGAUCAAUCGGUGGCCUUGGGAGAGGUGGUGAGGCGGAGCUACACUCCAGCAAGAAUGGGACAAAGGAAGAUCAUCAUCAACAUCUACUGCAGUGACACUGAUGACAUAACCUACAUUACCGACCCCGGGGUGAGGAAGUGUGGUGCCAUCACACUAGACCUGCUUGAGUCAGGGGCAGUGGCAGCUAGCGCUGGUGAUAACGAUAAAGGAUCAGAAUUUGAACGCAGGGAGAUUCGCACGACGAUGCAGUUUGGAGACACUGAGAUCAAAGUCACAGCUGUUGAUGUUACAACCGGCAAACUGGUGCGGGCAUCAAUUGACUUCCUGUCCAACUGAUCCUAUUGUGCCGUUUCUGGAGAGAACUGGAAUGCGAAUGUGAAGGACAUUUAACAACAGCUAAUCUCAUCAGUUAAUGGCUUAAGUAAUAGUUUUGAGGAUGAAGAUCUGAAUUAUAAACUGGAACAUUACUGGGAUUCCCUGUAAUUGUGUGAAGCACUAGCUAUGAGGACUGUCUCUGAAUUAAGCGUACUGCAAGCUUUGGAUAAGAAAUAUUCUAAAUUAUAAGCAAUGAAAGUUUCAGUUACACGAGCCACUGACAAUACAAACAAACAAACAAAACAAAAAAACACAUGGACGGGAACCACAUUUACUAGAAUUAUCAAAGAAGCAUACAUUUUUAUUUUAUUCCUAUUAGUUUAUUAGCAGAGGAGCUAGUAUUAGUUCAGUUACUCCUUGUGGUGAGCAUCACACAUGCAGUAAGUAGACAUUAUAUUCCUUCUAAAUUAGCAGACACUUAGUAUUUUAUUUAUCAGAUAAAGCCACUUGACUUUUUUGUCUUUUUUUAUAUACAUUCUCUAGAACUAUACACUAAUCAUUUAAAAACUUGUAUCAGGACACUCUUUUAAGUUUAAUUAAUAGUUGCGCCACCUGGAGGUAAGAAAUUAAGUUAAAAAUAUCUGAUUUCCUACAGAGGUACAAAAGAGGUAGCUACAUUAUCCAAUGCAAUUUGCAAACAUUUUCCCUACCUGAUUGUAAUUGUAGUUUAUUUGUUCUGUGCCGGAUUUUUUUAGGGCACCAUUAGAUUAGCUAAAGCUUAUGAAACACUACCUCUCAAGAUGUUAAAUUAUUCCAGGUCUAAACUAAAAUUAUGACAUUUAAACUUUUAGUCUUUCAUCUGCCUUAUAUGAGCAAUGUUGAUGGCUUUUCACCCAUCCAGAAGGAAAGAAAAUAUUUUUAACAAAAACCUGCUUCAAAGAUUUUGGUAAUAUUACUAUUUAGUAUGCUAGACAUCAGUCUGACAUAUGGGGAUUCAGCUAGGGUUUAAAUCACAUCAUAUUGUUAGCAUAUAGUCCUAUAAUUUUGACUUUAGUUUAAUAAAUACCAUGAAGCUGUUUGUAUACUCAAAACAAUACCUGAAAAUAAAAUGUAUUUUCCUUUUAA